GUUUUCGAAAGAAAUAAAAACUAAAUAGUUGGUUGAUUUAUGAGUCUAAAAAAGAUAAAAGCGCAGCAUAGUGGUUUGAGAGAUAUAGAUCGGAAGAAAUGGUGGAAAUCACAGCGAUUGAAGGAGCUUCAGAUCAAUCGUUAUGGCAAGGAUUCAAAGAUUUUUGGAGUGAUAGGUUCAGGAUCUUGGAUAAUUAUCGCCCUUACAUCCGCCGUCAAAACCCUCUUCCGCCAUGGUCAGCCUCCGAUGUCGAAGAAUUCAUCGCUUCCGAUCCUGUCCACGGACCCGUUCUGAAGACAACACGUGAUGCUGUGAAGUUUCUGGCUGUUGGAGGCAUAGUUGGAGCUGUAUCAACUGCCAGCUUUGCAUGGAAAUAUUCAAAAAGUCCCCAUGGGGCGGUGCUGUCGUUGGGAGCAGGAGCAGUGGUUGGGAUGACUUUUGGGCAAGAAAUUGCAAACCAUUCUCUUCAAUUAUACAGGUUAGACACCAUGGCUGCCCAGGUGAAGUUCAUGGAAUGGUGGCAGAAGAAGGCCGGAGGCCGGUCUUAAAACUUGGAGUCGCUGGAGUUGGUUUUUUUUGUGUCGAAUUCGAAAAUAAAUUAUAGAUAGUUGCAUGUUUUUUAGUAUUGGAAUUGGAAAAUGACAUGAAUGGCUGUUGUUUCCCAUGAGUGUGUGUUGCUGGGAAAACAGUAGAAUACUGGCAUUUCUACUUCAAUAAUGUCUUUUUGGAUCCAAACAGUUAUUUCUUUGAAAAAAAUGAGAAGGCAAAAGUCAAAUUUCUGC